AUGACUCUCAAGCUUUUCCUGACGGGCGUCACUGGCUACAUUGGCGGCGAUGCCUUUUAUGCGCUCUACGAAAAGCACCCAGAAUACGAAUAUUCCCUCCUAGUGCGCAACGAAGAGCGCGCCGCUCCUGUGAGAAAGGCAUUCCCCAAUGUCCGUAUAGUACUCGGUGGCUUGGAGGACGCAAGUGUGAUUGAAAAGGAGGCCGCGGCUGCUGACGUGGUUGUUCACACUGCUGGGUCUGCCGAUGAUGAGCCAUCCGCAAAGGCCAUUGCAAAGGGAUUGGCAGAGGGACACACACCUGAGAAGCCGGGCUUCUGGAUUCACGUCUCGGGCACGGGUAUCCUGCAAUGGUACGACAUAAAGCACGAACGCUACGGCGAGGCGCCCCUCCCAGACCAAGACUACCACGACAUCCGCGACAUUGACCGCAUCCUCUCCCUCCCAGACGAGGCCAUCCAUCGCGACAUUGACAAGAUUGUUCUCGGCGCCAACUCCCCCUCUGUGCGCACCGCCAUCUUCGGCCCGCCGACUAUCUACGGCCGCGGCCGCGGGCCCGUCAACCAGCGCUCGAUCCAGGUGCCUUCCCUCGCGCAGGCGACGCUGGAGAAGGGGUUCGCGCCAGUGGUCGCGCCGGGCAAGACGGAGUGGGACAAUGUACACGUGCGUGACCUGUCGCGGCUGUUUGUCACGCUCGUGGAGACGACGCAGGACGGGCCCAAGAACGCCGAUCCGGAGAUUCUGGGGCCCCGGGCCUAUUACUUUGUCGAGAGCGGGACGCACGUUUGGCGCGACGUCGCGACGUGGGUUGCGGAGGAGGCGCAUAGGCAGGGGUUCCUGCCGGCGGCGCUGACCAAGGAGGCGACGAUGAAGGAGGUGUUGCAGAGUGACGGUAAGGCGAAUGCCACGUGGGGGUUGAAUUCCAAGAGCAAGGCGGAGAGGGCGCGCAAGUAUCUUGGGUGGGAGGCCGAAAACAAGAGUCUCAAGGAGGAGAUUGCCGAUACGGUUGCUUUUGAGGCGACGAGGUUGAAGAUUGAACCCAAGGAGAAGAAGCAGUAA